UUUUGCUCUAUUUAUAUUAGUCACAAUCGCAGAGAAUAUUCUGGUAAAUGUUCAAACAAGUUGUUAAACAGAACUUAAGACAAGCAGGAAACAUCACAAAAGCAUCAAUCAUGGCCACACCUGUUCGUAACAUGUCCAACGGAAACAGACCAGAGGACCCAGAAACCACUACCCAACAACCGAUUCUUUUUGCACCUCCCACUUAUCAAUAUACCAAGGGGAAAUUGGCAGAGUCGGAUUGUGAAUCUGAUCCAUUCAUGGAGUUCAACAAGUGGUUUAAAGAAGCCCAAGAGCAACUUCCUGAAGGAUCCGAUAUUAUUGUGGAAGCCAUGAACUUCUCCACUGCUAGAUUACCUAGUGGAAGAGUGUCAUCGAGAAUUGUCUUGUUGAAAGAAUUGGACAAGUAUGGGUUCAUUGUUUAUUCCAACUGGAACACUUCCAAGAAGGCUGCUGAUUUUGAAACCAACAAAUAUGCCAGUUUGACAUUCUUUUGGCCUCAUGUACAAAGACAAGUCCGUGUCGAGGGGAUUAUGGAACAUGUCACGAGAGAAACUUCCCAACGAUAUUUCAACACUCGUCCUCGUGGUUCCAAGAUCGGGGCAUGGUCUAGUCCUCAAAGUUCCGUGAUUCAAUCUAGAGACGAUUUGAAUGAAAUUAAUGACAAAUACAAACAAGAAUUUAAGGACUUGAAAGACGAAGAAAUUCCAUGUCCUGAUUUCUGGGGAGGUAUUAGAAUCGAGCCAUUAGAAGUCGAAUUCUGGCAAGGUGGGUUAAGUAGAUUGCAUGAUCGUAUCACUUAUAGAAGGGAACGCAAGGAAGACACCGAAUGGGAAAUUGUUAGACUUGCUCCAUAGAUUUUAUACUGUUUUUAUAUUUAAAAAAUAUAUUUUAUAUAUAUAUAUAC